AUGGACCUUCUGCCGCAAGUACCAGGGGCAGAUGGUGGUGAAAGUGAGUUUAGUGAUGACUAUAGGCAGAUGAGUGGGAGUGGGUGUCUCAGGUUCUUGAUGGUCACUAGCUGCAAACCAAUGCCACAAACUAUGUUCUUCCAUAACUACCAGCUUAAUUUCAGAAUCAAACCCACCUCAGCUAUCAAUCUUCACAAGCACUUUCGUGGGAGUGUAAUCAGUUUGUGCUUGGUGCCAUUAUUUGAAGAUAUGGAUGAGAAAGUGUUGAAUGCAAUAUGUGCACAUCUUAAGCCAGUGAUAUAUGCCGAAUACAACUAUAUUCUUCAGGAGGGGGAACCAUUAGAGAAGAUGCUCUUCAUCACCCAAGGCACUGCAUGGUCCUAUACCACUAAGGCCAGAUCAGCUCCAUUACUUGGAGGGUUUUCAGUUGGAGCAUGGAGAGCAUUGGAAGCAUUUGGCACAUUGAAGCGAGGUGAACCGACUGAGAGAGCAGAACUGCUGAGACGAAAAUCGAAGAAAGCUCUUACACGCGCCGCCGUCGAAACAACCACAACCGCAGCUCUCCUCAACGACGUCGACCGCUCCAGAGAUCCCUCCUCCAAAACGCAACGCAUCGGCCUUCCUCCAAAUUCCAUGGCGGACGGCGGCUUUCAUAAGCGAGCUCUUACCAGUGUCACCGACCUCGACGGCGUCCUUGAUGAAAUACUGGCAAGGCUACCGGUCAAAACUUUGAUGCGAUUUUGCUGCGUCUGCAAGCCAUGGCGUGCUCUCAUCUCCCAGUCUCACUUUGUCACCAAGCACUUCAACUACGCAAGCAAAGGCUUCACCGAGAACACCUCCAGCCUCUUGAUAUCAAUGAGUCCCAUCAAAUCCCUGGACUCUGAAGCAUCCAAGGAUUUGUCCCUAGACUGUGAAGCAUUGAAGGACUUGAAGGAUGAUGGAGAUGCUCAUCUUGCAAUUAGAAAGCUCGAAUUUCCGGUAAUUUUCCCCAAUUCCAGUCGUAGAAAAAUUGUGGGUUCUUGCAAUGGGCUGAUUUGUGUAGAAAUUGACGAGAAAGACAUGGUGUUAUGGAACCCUUGUACUGGACAAUCCAAUUUGUUGCCAAAACCUACUUCGAAGCUUUGCGGAGUUGGUUAUGAUCUCACUAUGAAGUUUUCCGGAUUUGGUUAUGAUUCCACUAAUGAUGAUUAUAAGGUAGUGAGAGGAUACAGUUUUAGAGUUGCGGGUUCUAAGGAAACCGUGGUUCAGGUCUUUAAUUAG